AUGAAUAAUCGCUACCUAAACAUGAUAGCCCAUCUAUCCAAUGCUCCACUAGGAGAGUCAGAGGCUGCCGUGGGAAUUGGAACUGUUGGUUCGUCGGAGGCAAUCAUGCUGGCAGGCCUUGCUUUCAAGAGAAAGGGGCAGAAUAAGCAGAGAGCCGAGGGAAAACCAUGCGAUAAACCUAACAUUGUCACUGGAGCCAAUGUGCANAUUGGAACUGUUGGUUCGUCGGAGGCAAUCAUGCUGGCAGGCCUUGCUUUCAAGAGAAAGGGGCAGAAUAAGCAGAGAGCCGAGGGAAAACCAUGCGAUAAACCUAACAUUGUCACUGGAGCCAAUGUGCAGAAAUUUGCAAAUUACAUCGAGGUGGAACUUAAGGAAGUGAAGCUGAGAGAAGGCUACUAUGUGAUGGUACCUGUGAAAGCUGUGGAACUAGUGGAUGAAAACACCAUCUGUGUUGCUGCUAUCUUGGGUUCAACUCUCAAUGGAGAAUUCCAAGAUGUCAAGCUCUUGAAUGAUCUUUUUCUUGAAAAGAACAAGCAAACUAGGUGGGAUACCCCAAUUCAUGUGGAUGCAGCUAGUGGUGGAUUCAUUGCAGCAUUUCUCUAUCCAAAGCUCGAGUGGGAUUUUCGACUCCCAUUGGUGAAUAGCAUCAAUGUUAUUGAGCAUGAAUAUGGUCUUGUGCAUGCUGGAAUUGGGUGGGUGAUUUGGAGGAGCGAGGAACUUAUCUUUUACAUUAACUACCUUGGAGACGAUCAACCUACUUUCAUCCUCAAUUUCUCUAAAGGUUCAAGCCAAGUCAUUGCUCAGUAUUAUCAACUAAUUCGCUUGGGUUAUGAGGGAUACCAAAAUGUUGUGGAAAAUUGUGGGGACAUCGCUCUCGUGCUGAAACGAGGAUUGGAGACGACAGGCCGAUUCAACAUUGUGUCCAAGGGCAAUGGUGUUCCGGUGGUUGCCUUCUCUCUUAAGGAGAAGAGUCGGUACAACAAGUUUGACGUGUCAAAUAUGCUGCGUAGUUUUCAGUGGAUUGUGCCUGCCUACACCAUGCCAUCGGAUGCUCAACAUGUGAUAGUGCUUCGGGUUGUCGUGAGGGAAGAUUUCUCAUGCACCCUAGCCGAGCGCCUAGGGGAUGAUAUCACAAAGGUCCUCCAUAAAUUGGAUACCCUCCCUGCCAAAAUAAGUGCCAAUAUGAUGUCCGGUCAUCAAAAAGUGAAAAAUGGCACCGUGGUGAAGAAAACAACACUUGAGACACAGAGAGAAAUAACUGAUGCUUGGAAGAAAUUUGUCAUGGAUAGGAAAACCAAAGUAAUUUGCUAG